AUGGGUGAUAGUGGAAGUUUAUUUAAAAUUGGACAGAGUGUUGCAAGUAGUCUAUGGUCUGUAGUUACACUUGGCUUGAGCUCAUCACCAGCAUCAACAGCUACCGAAGGAACAACUAUAUCAACUGAAUAUACAAGUGAUCUUCAAAACAGACAUCUAGCAAAUCAAAGUAUUCAUUUACUUUUGAUUCUAAGCAAUCAUUUUACAAGUGAUGUACAUCGUAAUCCUUAUCGAUUAGCUUUAUUACAUUUUACUGAUACACAAGAUAGUCCAACAAAUUUACCUGAUUCUGAACCAUUACCUUGGUUUUCUGUUGAUUAUCGUUGUUUAUAUGAUGUUCUUUGUCAAACAGUACAUACAGAUCAAAGUACAUUGUUACUUUAUAUGUUACUUCAUCGUAAUCAACAUUUUAAAGCUUAUGUCAUAUCACGAAACAAUAUUGAUCAAAUGGUAUUACCAGUUCUUCGAGUUAUUUACACAGCAACUGAACAUAAUUCACAUCAUAUAUAUAUGUCAUUGAUUAUUUUAUUGAUUUUAUCUGAAGAUGACUAUUUUAAUAAAUCAAUUCAUGAUAUUAAAUUAAAAAAGCUUAACUGGUAA